GCACUUUUCACACUUUUUAGACAUUCUGGUGGCUGAAAUCUGGGAGUAAAAAGCUUUUAUGUCGCGACGUUCAGUGAGAUGUCAUAAAUUCGAGUCGCUCAAGUUUGCGUGACUACUGUAAAUCCCAGUUUUGCGCUGUCUGCAGGACCGAUCUGAUUGUGUUUAUAUACCGACACACUAUCUUUGAAGUGAGAUGCGAAGCAACCUCAGCACAGAAACGUCUGCAGAAGCUGUGCGCUGUUACCCUUUCAAUGUAAACAGUCUGUAAUUCGUCUGCUUGUACUGGACGUGCGUAAAUGAAGGACACCUUUGCCGGGAUUCCCUGAUUGCUUCUGUGCUCCGCUUUUACCAAAGUGAAAGCAGAAAGAAAUACUACAGAUGAAGAAAAAACAUGGAUGAACAUGCUGCAGAGGAAGCUGCAUGGACAAAACCUUGACUUGUUAUCUACAUAUAUGGACACCACAGCUGAAUGUUUACCUGACAGACAAAGCUGUGAAGAGGAAAAACGAAUAAACAAGUAUUUAACAGCAGGAACCUGAAUGCUUUGCUGAUGAUUCAACAUUUAUCUUCAAGCACACUGGAUGAAUAGAAUCUUUCCUUGUCUGCUGUUGACGUGGAUCGUGUAACUGUAAUGUUCUGGCUUUCCAAUAUCAUCCAAAACACGAGGCACAGCCAAGUUACAGUACAAAUCUCAAUUCAGAAGGCUUCACACGGACUUCAGAAUAGAUAAUAGCGCGAUAACAAGCAAACCUGUGUAUCUGUCGUCAUCAUCUUCCUACAUGCAGCUCCGCGCUUGGCUUUAUUGAAAAGGAGGAGCCCAUUAAAGCAUUUGAUAGAUAGGAAGUCUUGGUCUGAAGGUGUUGUUGCUGGCUGGCUGCUGGUUGGAGAUGAGAUAAGAGCACUGGGAAGAGAGAGAAGAGGUGCCAGUGUGACAAGAGCUAAAUACAAAUUAGGAUUUGUCUCUCCUGCAGCUUCACCAGCGAGGCGAAUCAAUAUAAACUGAAAUGGACAAAUUAAUCAGCUUCUGUAACAGGAACAUUAGUUGUGAACCUGAAAUGAUGAAAUUAGAUGUUUUCUAGAGGUUAAUAUGACAACAUAUCACAAUACAAGGGAUGGGAAAUGAAGGGAAAUAUUGUCUCAGCUACUGAAAGCGGGAUAAGAGACAACCUUUUCUACACCAACAGUGCCACACCACAGUGCAGCCUUCCUCAGUGCCAUGCAUGAACUGAUCCGUGAACAAUUUUAGAUAGCAGUGAUGAGGCUGGUCUAAACCUUGUACAAACGUGGGUCGAGAGGAGCAGAAGCAAGAUGGAACUGGAUAACAGCUCGCUGGACUACUUCACCAGCAACAUCACAGAGAUUCCUAAUACCACUACAACUCCACCCUGGAGUAAGGCCACGCUGCUUGGCCUCCAGAUCUUCCUGUCUGCACUGCUGGCUAUUGUCACCCUGGCUACUGUGCUGUCAAACGCCUUUGUCAUCGCCACCAUCUUUCUGACCAGGAAGCUCCACACACCUGCCAACUUCCUGAUCGGCUCGCUUGCUGUCACAGACCUGUUGGUGUCUAUUUUAGUCAUGCCGAUUAGCAUAGUGUACACUGUGAGCAAGACGUGGUCACUGGGGCAGAUUGUGUGUGACAUCUGGCUGUCGUCUGACAUCACUUUCUGCACGGCCUCCAUCUUACACCUGUGUGUGAUUGCAUUAGACCGCUACUGGGCCAUCACAGACGCGUUGGAGUACUCGAAACGCCGCACCAUGCGGCGGGCGGCGAUCAUGGUUGGGGUGGUGUGGGUGAUCUCUAUAUCGAUUUCCAUGCCUCCACUUUUCUGGCGGCAGGCCAAAGCCCACGAGGAGCUGACAGAGUGCAUGGUGAAUACAGAUCAGAUCUCUUAUACCCUAUACUCAACCUUUGGCGCCUUUUAUGUUCCCACAGUGCUUCUCAUCAUCCUCUACGGACGGAUCUAUGUUGCCGCUCGCUCCCGCAUCUUUAAGACACCAUCAUCCUCUGGGAAACGUUUCACCACAGCCCAGCUCAUCCAGACCUCUGCAGGCUCGUCUCUCUGUUCUCUUAAUUCCGCCUCUAACCAGGAAGCGCACCUACACUCUGGCACAGGGAAUGCGGGAAUUGGAGGAGGAGGAGGCGGAUCACCUCUGUUCAUGAACAGUGUGAAAGUGAAGCUGGCAGACAGCAUGAUGGAGAGGAAACGUCUGUGUGCAGCUCGGGAAAGGAAAGCGACCAAGACGUUGGGCAUCAUCCUGGGCGCAUUCAUCAUCUGUUGGCUCCCAUUCUUUGUCGGGACUCUUGUCAUGGCCAUAUGUAAAGAGUGCUGGUUUGAUCCAGUGCUUUUUGAUAUCUUUACCUGGCUGGGAUACCUGAACUCCCUCAUCAAUCCCAUAAUCUACACUGCAUUCAAUGAUGAGUUCAAGCAGGCUUUCCAAAAACUCAUCAAAUUCAGAAGGUUCUCCUGAAAACCUCACAGUGAUUAUAAAAAAAAGACCUCUGCUGGAAAACAUGAAGCGAAAAAUACAAAGAAAAAAUGAGAUAAUGGGAAAUUAUAAUGACAAAUAUACUGUAUGCGUAAAUGUUCCAUCUUGUGAACAUAUGUAAUGUGUUUUUAAACUUUUUUUUACAUUGAACAGCUCUGUGCCAUAGCUCAUUAGAUACCUACAGUAUAUCCAUCAUAUAUAUGCAUGCUAAAAAAAAAAGAGAAAAUCCUUAGCCCCAAGAAUUAUUGAACUCUACGUCAUGUCACAGGGACAUUGUCAUUAUUUCUUGGACAAAAGCAAAGAUUUAAAACAGACUGUAUGAAAAGAGUAAACUCAGAGUGGACUGGAUUAAAUGCAGUGGAAACGAAAAGCCAUGAAAUGUAUGUUGUCUUAAUCUCUGUG